UUUUACAGUAUGAUAGUAGGUAACCGCGCGUGAACCCAACCGAUGCGAUUUGUUUUGAUAAAAUAAGAUGAUGCUGUGAGGCAGAACGCGUGACGAGAGACUUGGAUUUCGAAUAAAUUCAUUUUUUCUUGUUACUAGAAAGAAUAUCGCUAUUUUUUAACUAGAUAAAGAUCCAAAAGUGCCUUUGUGACUUCAAACACAUCAGAAAUGUAUAAUCAUCUUUUAUUGCUGUGUCUGCUGCUGCUGAGAUUGGACGGGAGCGCAGGCAGCGAGACGGUGGAGCAGCGUCUGCGGCUACACCUGCUACACACCUACGACCGCUCCAGCCUGCCUCCUAACAUCACGAGCGUGGCUGUGCGCUUCACUGUCAUGCACGUCAAUAUGGUGGAAGCGGAGGAAGUGAUGGAGCUCGACGCUUGGAUUAUGAUGAGUUGGAUGGACUCGCGCCUAACGUGGAGCGAGAUCACGGCCUCUCACGUCCAAAAAUUGGCUUUCGAACCUGAGAAAGUUUGGCAUCCUGACAUCGUCCUCUUCAACAACGCGGAGCCAUGGAAGACGGGCACUCGACCCAACACGCUCCUACUAGCAUACCCCAGCGGCGAGAUAUUAUACGUGUACCCCACACGGCUGCGUGUGCCCUGCGUAGCUGACCUCACGUACUGGCCUUACGACAUCCACAACUGCUCGGCAAAGUACGGCUCAUGGGUGCACGACGGCUACGCCUUCGACCUCGAACUCCACGACGACACUCCAGAGGUGGAGAUCGACCUGGUGAAGUCGUUCCAAGAAGAGCGCAACCUGACCCGAGGGCAGUGGACGGUGCUGGGCUCCAGUCUGCAGAAGUCGACGAUGUUCUACUCGUGCUGCGUCGAGCCUUACCCUCACAUCACCCUACGCAUGCUAGUACAACGCAACGCACCUGCGUUCGCAUACACUCUGCAGAUGCCCGCCAUAGCGCUGAGUCUGGUGACGGGGGUGGUGUUUGUCCUCCCCCCGGGGGCGCUGGAGAAGGCGCUGCUGGGGGGCCUGUGCCUCCUGCUGCAGCUACACUUCCUGGCCUACACUGCCGCCUUCAUCCCCCACUCCCCAUCACACACCCCUAUCCUGGUUCGUUUCGUGAGCGAGCAGCUCGUGCUGACUGCCGUGGUGGUGGUGAUGACGGCGGUGGUGAUCAGGCUGGUGCGGGACCCCCACCCACAAGGCCUGCCCCACGCGGGACAGCGGGUGCUCGCUGUGCUCGCCGCCUGCUUCUGCCUCGGCAACUACAGGCGCAUGGCCUCCAAGUCAGAACUUUCGCCGUACCCCCACGGGCUGAAGGGGGAGGACCUCGAGCUCGGGGAGGGUCGAGACUUUAUAGGACGCAGCUACCCCAACGGCACAAUUGCGAGCUCGCCGUCCUCCGGCAACAACAACACAAACGAGUCACGUAGGGCGCCCCUGGACUACCUCCUGCUAGGGGCGGUGGUGGACAGGGUGUGUCUGCUGCUCUACGUUCUGGUGCUGGCCAGUUUCUUCAUCUCAUUUAAAGCGGUGCUUUUCUGGUGAUACCGAAUGUCCUGGAAAUCUCAUUCAAAAUUUUCAUUUCUGUUCUUAUGUUUGAAUUUAAUGAUGAAGUUAUCAUUUCUGCAUGUGUUAAAUUCGCUGGAUAAAAGUCACUUAACUUUCGUACAUCGAGUAAGGUGCCUCUCGAAUAACUUUUAUUUUAUGCAAAUACGUCACAUAUGUUGAAGUUUGUUAUUAGUGCAAAUUUUGUUCUUUUAAAAAUAUCAAUGCAUCUGAAUGUUGAAAAAAUUCUCGUUGUGAAUUCAGAAAGAAGUUUCAUUGAAUUUCGAAAGUUUUCCAGCCAAUAUAAGUUUUCGUAUAUAGCCAUUAACAAAAAAUGUUAUAUUAUGGUGCCUAGAAUUAUCAUCAUCUUUCGGUGCAGGUAAUAGGAUUUUCUCGUGCUCAUUAAAAAAGAUACAUAGAUGUUGCUUAGAAUUACCUUUACUCGAUGCAGCAAAUAAGAUUUUUUCGAAUGCAUUAAGAAAAUUGAAGAAGAUGGUGCAUAGAAAUAUUGAAGUGCUGCUCUAUUCUAGAAAUAACGCGAGUCUGGAUAAUGAGAAAGAGUAAAUCAAACUGCAUUAAUACUAAAAAUUACAUCGCCCGUGUUAUUUUGCGCCCGUGUGUUCACUGAGUGUGCAGUGGGGACCAAAGGUUGGAAUGAUUUGUUGGUCGCCACAGCUUAGUAAAUUCUGAAAGGCGCGUUUUUUUAACGGAAAAUUUUAACAAUCAUUUCAUAUGUUUCGACUUUCACUUUGCUAUUCUUUGAAAUUCUAACGUAAUAUUUUGCCCUUGGGACAUGAUUAGUUUCAUUCUUUUUCAGCGAAGAGAUAAUAAAUACCCAUUACAUUUCUAAGGGAUUAUUUUUCAAUAUAAAUAUACCUCGUAUAUUUUUUACGAGUAACAUUCAGGCUAAAUUCAUUUUCAGUCAAUAGCGUUAAUCAAAAUGGUCAUUAGACCCUAUCAGUCAUGAGGAUUAAAUUCGGAGGAGAACGUUUUUCAUUGUUAUAUUAUACGCUCCGAAGGCCAUAAAUUCAGUACAAAUACGCUGACUGGUCAGCAAGUCAGUGAUAAUUAGCUGAAUUUUUUUAUAGUAACUGUUUAGAUUUUACAAUAAUAUUCUGGUGCCAAUUUUAUAAGAAUAAAGGAUAGUUCGCUUGCUGGUUUCGGUCGCGAUGUCAACUUCAUAAAAAAACUACGAGCACAUUCAUAAACUAUGAGCACGUUCAUAAACUAUGAGCACAUUCAUAAACUAUGAGCACAUUCAUAAACUAUGAGCACAUUCAUAAACUAUGAGCACAUUCAUAAACUAUGAGCACAUU